GCCGUCGUCGGAGGCGAUUACGUAAUCGACCAUCCGGAAGACCUGCUGGUCUACGAAUAUGACGGUUCCGUCGACCGCUCGAUGCCCCGGGCGGUCGUCCUGCCGGCCAACACCGAACAGGCCAGCCAGGUUAUAUCCCUCGCCUACGCGGCCGGCGUUGCCGUCGUGGGGCGCGGCAGCGCCACCGGACUCAGCGGCGGCGCCAUCACGCCCCCGGACGGUUUGCAGAUCGCCUUCCCCAGGAUGAACCGCAUCCUGAACGUCGACACCGCCAACCGCACUGCGCUGGUUGAGCCUGGUGUCAUAAACCUGGAUCUGGAUAUCCACGUUCGCAAGUUUGGGAUGCGCUAUGCCCCUGAUCCUUCCAGCCAGCGGGCCUGCAGUCUGGGCGGCAACAUCGCCGAAAACGCUGGCGGCCCCCAUUGCCUCGCCUACGGCACCACCACCAACCACGUGAUCGGCAUGGAGGUCAUCCUGGAGGACGGCCAGGUGGUCGAGUUGGGUGGCAUGGCCCGCGAAACGGUCGGCUACGACCUACGCGGCGCAUUCGUCGGCUCAGAGGGUACAUUCGGCAUCGCCACGAAAAUCCUGGUGCGGCUGCUGCCCGUGCCGGAAUCGUGUCAGCAAAUCGUGGGCCACGGGAUCAUCCCGGCCGCGCUGGAAAUGAUCGACGCAUUGAGCAUCAAAGCGGUGCAAAACGUCACCGACGCCGGUUAUCCCAACGACGCCGGAGCCGUGCUGCUGAUCGAACUGGAAGGGCUACACGAAGAGGUCGAAGAGCUUAGCCUCGAAGUAGAGUCCGCACUGUGGGACACCGGAGCCGCCGAUGUCCGCAUCGCCGAAGCCGACGACGAACGCGAGCGUCUCUGGGUUGGUCGCAAAACGGCGUUCGGCGCCUUUGGAACCAUUGCCCCGAACUACUACCUGGUUGAUGGCGUGGUUCCCCGAACUCGCCUCACGCAGAUGCUCCGCAAGGUAACCAGCGUCAGCGAGCGAUACGGCAUCACCAUCGCCAACGUCUUCCACGCCGGCGAUGGCAAUCUGCACCCCUGUAUGCUAUUCGACGCCCGCGACCCUGGCGUCAUGGAAAACGCCAUGGCCGCUGCCGCCGAAUUGAUGCAGGAGUGCGCCGCUCUGGGCGGAACGCUCAGCGGAGAACACGGCAUCGGCCUGGAAAAAAAGGAAUUCAUGCCCCUCGUUUACACGGACGAGGAUAUGGCGGCGAUGCAGCGCACCCGAAACGCCUUUGCGCCCGAAAACAGGCUGAACCCGGGCAAAAUCUUCCCCGACGGCUCCUAUUACCAUCCCUCGCCACAUCCGGCCAGCCACACCGCCGGAUUGUACGCGUGA